AUGCGCUGGCCGAGACGGAGGCCUAGUUCGGAAGGUUUGCUUUGGGACUCACCGGUGGUUGUCCGUGUUCCUCCGGUUGUGCUUCCUGAGGUUGGUGCGGAGUUGACGGAAAGUGACUUGGUGUCCGAUGGGACGACCACUAACCGGGAUUCAGAUCAAACCGAAGCGGCCCUUGAACCAAAUCUCUUGCAGUUUUCCUAUGAGGAACAGUACCGUUCAUUCCUGGACGGUCUUUGGCGUGAUUCUGACCCGGACGGAGUGUGCAGUAUCGAGGAGGGACACUGUGAAGCGGAAAGCCCAAACCUUCGGGGAGCAGACGCUGAUGGGCAACGGUGUGAGAGCAAAUUGCGUUCACGGGACGUUCUCGGAGUGUCGGGAAGACAAAUGAAGACGGAUCUUCUUUGGAAGGAUCACCAUUGGUGUUCUUCCUAUCCCCAGGAUCUUUCUUACACAUUCCCUGGAACUUGA